AUGGACAAUGAGUUUGCCAGCCUUCCCGAGAGUGGGACGCUUCGAAUUCUGACCACCAAUGGAGAAGAGACUUUACUGAGCUUUGGAGCGACUGAUACAGUGCGAGUGCUGAAGAAAAGGCUUCAAGAGCUUUUCGCCAUUCAAAGCCAGCAGCUGGCAGCACCAUGUUCUGCCAUGCGAUUGAUCUCGGGCAAUGAUGUUUUGCUGGAUCAUUGUGUAUUGGGCGAUCGUGGAGUUGUAGAUGGAGACCAGCUUACGCUUGUUCUUUCACAUGCGCCCUUGGGCACGUUUGAGUACAAUAUGGAAUCAUUUGAUCCGGAUAUAUGGGCUGCUGUAACUGCAUCAUUCACGCAAGAUGGUGAGUUUUGCAUCUAUAUCGAGGAAGAAGAAAUGCUUUCAAUCGAAGAAGAUGAGGCCUAUGACCCAUUCCUUGACGGCAACUUGUGGGAACAUUCCUACCGUGGUCCGGUGGAAGUGGCGGGGUCUCAGAUUCAGAUGUCAGUGCAGAACAGCCAUCGCUUGGGUUCGUUCGAUGGAAUUCUGGAGGUUGGUCUUUUGCUGGGAGAGAUUCUCAGCUUCACUUCAGCGUUACGCGUGUUCGGCCCCGAAGGAGGUGACCUGGUGAGGAUGGUGAGCCCAGCUUGGGCAGAUCCCAAUUGUGAGACACCACGGAAGUCUCAGCAGAUCGCGUUCCUCAUUUCAAUGUUUGGAGGAUUCUUAGGUCUGGAUCAGCUCUACUUGGGCUACUUCUUCCCUUACGGAUUGUUCAAGCUCUUGACGGCGGGCGGUCUGGGACUCUGGUGGAUCUACGACCUGGUGCGCAUCGGGUCCAGCCCAGUGGGCACUGCGGCGAGCUUCAAGGUGAUGAACAACGUGCCUCAUUGGGCCUUCGUCCUUUCCGCUACAGCCCUGUUCGUGGCGUUGGGAUUUAUCUAUAGCGCCUGGUCCAUUCAGCGGCAGCGGGUACAAAAGCAACGCGAGGUGAUGAUGCUGCAAGCCGAAAGUGCGGCCUUGGAAUCGCAGAGACGAUUUUCAGGCUACGGCUCCACACUGAGUUGA